GUGUUUCUGUUUACGUGUAGAAAAAUGGCUGAAUCCAAAAUUUCUGUAACUCAGGACGAGUUCAGCUGUUCAGUCUGUCUGGAAACACUGAAGGAUCCAGUAACUACAUCAUGUGGACACAGUUUCUGUAUGGUGUGUAUUAAUAACUGCUGGGAUCAGGAGGAUGAUAAGGGAACAUACAGCUGUCCACAGUGUAGAAAAACCUUCACUCCAAGACCUGAAGUGAGUAGAAACACCAUGCUGGCUGGAGUUGUGGAGAAACUGAAGAAAACAGAACUUCAAGCUCCACGUCCUGCUCACUGUUCUGCUGGACCUGAAGAUGUGGAGUGUGAUUUCUGUACAGAGAGAAAACACAAAGCAGUAAAAUCCUGUCUGGUGUGUUUGGCCUCUUACUGUAAAACUCACCUUCAGCCUCACUAUAAAUCUUCUGCUUUUAAGAAGCACAAGCUGGUUGAAGCCUCCAGACGACUCCAGGAUCAGAUCUGCUCUCAGCAUGAUAAACUGCUGGAGGUUUACUGUCGUACUGAUCAGCAGUGUAUCUGCAUGUUGUGUACCAUGGAUGAUCAUAAAAGACAUGAUACAAUAUCAGCUGCAGCAGAAAGAACUGAGAAACAGAAGCAGCUGCUGGAGAUCCAGAGAAAAUUCCAGGAAAAAAUCCAGAACAGAGAAAAGGAACUUUGUGAGCUGAUAAACGCUGUGAAGUCUCAUAAGUGUUCUGCACAGACAGCAGUGAAGAACAUUGAGAGGAUCUGUACUGAACUAAUCAACUCAAUUAACAGAAGAUGCUCUGAGCUAAAAGAUCUGAUCAGAGAUCGAGAGACAGCAGAAAUAAGUCAAGCUGAAAAACUCCUGAAACAGGUGGAGCAGCAGAUUGUAGAGCUGAAGAGGAAAGAUGCUGAACUGGAACAGCUUUCACACACAGAGGAUCCCGUCCAUUUCCUCCAGAAUUUUCAGUCUCUCUCGGCUUCUGCUGGAUCUGCAGAAUCAGUCAACAUCACAAUCAGUCCUUUCCUCUCAUUUGAUGAUGUUACAAAGUCUGUAUCUCAGCUGAGAGAGAAAGUAGAAGAAUUCUGGAAAGAGCAGUGUGAGAAGAUACCAGAUGGAGUGAAGAAAGUCCGGAUUACUUCACCUACUGAACCUGAAAUCAGAGAAUAUUUUCUACAAUAUGUUUGUCGGUUCACACUGGAUCCAAACACAGUAAAUAAAAACCUUCAUCUGUCUGAGAAGAACAAAGUGGUGACCUGCAGUAUAAUAGAACAGUCAUAUCCUGAUCAUCCAGACAGAUUUGACUGGUACCAGGUUUUGUGUAGAGAGAGUGUGAGUGGACGCUGUUACUGGGAGGUUGAGUGGAGUGGGAAUGAUGGGGUUAAUAUAGCAGUGUCAUAUAAAAGCAUCAGCAGGAAGGGAUGUGGUUAUGACUGUUGGUUUGGACAUAAUGAUCAGUCCUGGAGUUUGUUCUGUUCUCCAUCCAGAUUUUUAUUCUGGAACAAUGACAAAAAGAAUGAAAUUCCCAUAAUGCCGAGUUCCUCUAGAAUAGGAGUGUAUGUGGAUUAUGAAGCAGGAACUCUGUCCUUCUACAGCGUCUCUGAUACAAUGAAGCUCGUCCACAGAGUUCAGACCACGUUCACUCAGCUCCUCUACCUGGGGUUUACAGUUUGUUAUGGAUCCAAAGUGAAACUGUCAGAUUUAACGAAUUAAAUGUAAAAUUUACAUGAAUGUGUAACAUUAAACUGUUUGGGUGAUUUUAAAAUCUGUGAGUC